AUGUGCAACUCCUCUUGUGGCUCCUGCUGCUCUGGCCAGGGCUGUGGCUGCUGCCAGACCACCUGCUGCAGGACCACCUGCUGCCGCCCCAGCUGCUGCAGCCCCUGCUGUGGUGGUUCCAGUGGCUGUGGCUCCUGCUGCUGCCGCCCCAUCUGCUGCAGGACCACCUGCUGCCACCCCAGCUGCUGUGGCUCCUGCUGUGGCGGAUGCAGUGGCUGUGGCUCCAGUGGCUGUGGUUCCUGCUGCUGCCGCCCCACCUGCCUCCAGACCACCUGCUGCAGGACCACCUGCUGCCGCCCCAGCUGCUGUGGUUCCAGCUGCUGCAGCCCCUGCUGUGGUGGUUCCAGUGGCUGUGGAGGUUCCAGUGGCUGUGGCUCCUGCUGCUGUCGCCCCUGCUGCUGUGUCUCCACUUGCUGCCGCCCUUGCUGCUGCCGCCCCAUCUGCUGCAGGACCACCUGCUGCCGUCCCAGCUGCUGUGGGUCUUGCUAA